AUGUUCAGAAAUUUAAUCUCAAAGAGAGCUUUCACUUCAAUUGCUUCUCGUGAAAAUAUCAUCCCAAAAAAAUACGGUGGUCGUUAUACCGUUACUUUAUUGCCUGGUGAUGGUGUAGGUAGAGAAAUCACCGAUUCUGUAGUCUCUAUCUUCGAAGCUGAAAAUUUGCCAAUCGAUUGGGAAAGAGUAGAAUUGUCAGGUUUGGAACAAGAAGAUGUUCAUACUGCCGUGGAAUCCUUAAAACGUAACAAAAUCGGUUUGAAAGGUAUAUGGCACACCUCUGCUGAUCAUGACGGUCACACUUCUUGGAACGUAGCUCUAAGAAAAGAAUUGGAUAUUUACGCUAACGUAGCUAUCUUCAAGUCCUUCAAGGGUGUCGAUACAAGAAUUCCAGAUGUCGAUUUGGUUAUCAUCAGAGAAAAUACCGAAGGUGAAUACUCAGGUUUGGAACAUGAAUCAGUACCAGGUGUAGUGGAAUCUUUAAAGAUCAUGACUGCUCAAAAAACUGAAAGAAUCGCUAGAUUCGCUUUCGAUUAUGCCAUGAAAUAUAACAGAAAAUCAGUCACUGCUGUUCAUAAGGCCAAUAUCAUGAAGUUAGGUGACGGUUUAUUUAGAAAUUUGGUCACAGAAAUCGGUGCUAAAGAAUAUCCAGAAGUUGGUGUCUCUUCUAUUAUCGUCGAUAACGCCUCCAUGCAAGCUGUAGCUAAACCACAUCAAUUCGACGUCAUGGUCGCUCCUUCAAUGUAUGGUACUAUUUUGGGUAACAUUGGUGCUGCUUUGAUCGGUGGUCCAGGUUUGGUUCCAGGUGCUAACUACGGUAGAGAUUAUGCUGUCUUUGAACCAGGUUCCAGACACGUUGGUUUAGAUAUUGAAAACCAAAACAUUGCUAAUCCAACCGCAAUGAUCUUAUCUGCUACUUUAAUGUUGAAUCACUUGGGUUUCAGAAACGAUGCAGCAAGAAUCUCAAAGGCUGUCCACGAAGUCAUCGCCGAAGGUAAAACUACCACUAGAGAUAUCGGUGGUUCUGCUACUACCACAGAAUUCACUAACGCUGUUAUCGCUAAAUUAAAGACUUUAUAA